CGGUGAUAUCAUCUCAGGAACGCGAUGAGUGUUACCGUUUCGGGACUAGUAUCAUCUCCUAUCGAUAAAGAAGUUUCCCCUCUCGGUCAACUGCAAAAGCGGGAAGUAAGCUGCAUUCUUUGUAGCUCCUACAGGCUGCAAAACUACACAAGAAAAAUACAAAAAUAUAUACUUGUCAAGCUGUUGCGUGAUUUUGCUGCACCUUGGUUCCUGGUAUUUCGAUUGACCGAGAGCCCCUCCACCAGCAUUUUCCCCACACUGUUUGGACAAUCAGAUCAACAAAAUGGCUGCGAAUACAGAAGAAACGAUGGCGACAAGUACAGACACGACCGAUGAGUCUAGGUACCAGACAGACAACAGCGUCUCGACCAAACAGCACCCCAAGCAGCAGCUGUCAAAAGCCAUGGAACACAUGCGCUUUGCAGUCACCGUCGAUCCAAUUCCUCACUCUUCGACAUCCAAAACCACGCCGUCUACCGAGCCCUCCUCCAACACCGAGACUACCACAGGCACCGAAAACGACGCAUAUGGCGUCCCCGCCUCCUUCGCUCCCGUCCGCAACCCAGCCGCCCGCUCCCACGAUCCCUCCAACAACCAAAAGCGCACCGACCCUUUCGCAUUCGGAUCACGCUUCCUCGAAGAAGGCGACAACAUCUUCGAGUUCAAUGCCUGGGACCACGUCUCUGUUGAUGACUCAUACCUGCAAUUUUCGGAAGAACAAUACGAACGCCAACGGCAAGACCCCGUGUCCGACUUUGACCGCAAGCGCUUCAACGACAACCCGGAGAAGUGGUGGAACACGUUCUACAAGAACAACAAGACAAACUUCUUCAAGAACCGCAAGUGGCUGGCACAGGAAUUUCCGAUACUAGAGGAGCUUGGGAAGGAGGAUGCGCCCGAGGCUGUGUUGCUCGAGGUCGGUGCUGGGGCGGGGAAUAGCGCGUUUCCAAUCCUGCAGACGAGCAAGAACAAGAAGCUCAAGAUUCAUGCGUGUGACUUCUCCAAGAAGGCGGUCGAGCUGAUACGGAAUCACGAGCUCUACGAUCCACAGUUCAUACAGGCAGAUGUGUGGGACGUCGCCGCAUCACCAAACUCGGAGAAUGCAGGGCUCCCGGCUGGACUCAAGGAGAACUCAGUCGACGUUGUACUGAUGAUCUUCAUCUUCUCGGCACUCAAUCCAAAACAGUGGGACCAGGCUGUGCGGAAUGUCUGGCGUGUGCUGAAACCAGGUGGCCAGGUGCUCUUCAGAGACUACGGGCGAGGUGACUUAGCGCAAGUCAGGUUUAAGAAGGGGCGAUGGAUGGAAGAGAACUUCUAUGUUCGUGGGGACGGCACAAGAGUGUACUUCUUUGAGCAGGAAGAAUUGGAGGAGAUUUGGGGCGGAAAGAAGAUGGCUGAAAACACCGAUGUAAAGACGGACAGCAAUGAGGAAACAGACGAUGCGCUGGCGGCGAAGACAAAGAGUCUAGAGCUUGAAGAGUCCUCUACCGAGGUGGUCGACAAUGCUGUACAGCCACAAGAACCCUGCCCUGCAUUUGAUGUCGUACACAUUGGCGUUGACAGGCGGAUGUUGGUCAAUCGUCAAAGAAGACUCAAAAUGUAUCGCUGCUGGAUGCAAGCUGUGUUCCGCAAAGCUGGACAUGAGAGCGAGAUUCCAACGAGCACAAUCCGGCAAGACAAAGAGAGCGUGGAAGAGAAGACAGAAGAAGUAUGAGCAAAUACCACAGUAACACGAGGCGUAAGCAUAGAGAUAGUCUACU